AUGGCUGCCAUUUGUAUGAAGGCUGAAAGUGUAGGCUACACAAUGAGCAAAAGUAUUAAAACUAUCUGUCUGUCUCUCCAUUGCUCCUCCUAGAACCUGUGGCAAAGCGAAGGCCCACAACUUCGACCACCAUCCGCCAAGCAGACGAACAGGAGGCAAGGUCCCUUCAACAGCCCCGCACAGCCCCACCCAGAGGCCUGGUGCAGACAGACAGCCCAAACUUCCUCUGCAGCAGCCUGCCACCACACUGGAGGUGUAACAAAACCCUGCCAAGAGCCUUUACUGUGAGAAACCAUGCAUGGUCCAUUUGUUCAUCCAUUCGUCCAUCCACCUUUCUGUCUUUUAACUGUUUUUCUGUCUGUUUUAAUAUAAUUUCAAACCAUCAAAUGUUAUUUACCCCACAGUGUAGCUUUCAGGGGAAUCAUUUAUUUAAAAUGCCCUUUACUUCCACUAGUUUGAAGCGAAUCCUCUCCAUCUUGCAGGUGGUUGCCCUUGGAAACGAUGUACCAGAUGGUGUUGUUGUGACAGUGAUGGCAGGCAAUGAAGACAAUAGCAGUGCUGAGCUCCGCAAUGCAACAGCGACCAUGAAACAAGGCUACGCUCACUUCAAUGACCUCCGCUUCAUAGGUCGCAGUGGGAGAGGUAAAUGGAAGGCUUCUUUUCCUGGAUCAAUAAAAUACACAUAAAUCACAGCCUCGCACAUAGUUGUAGACCACUAAAUGAAAUAGGUCCCUUUUGAUAACAAGGAUGAAAAAAUGUAUCAACCUCAUGCUAAUUUAUAAAAAUAAAUAAAUAAAAAUAAAGGUAUCUGAAAUGGAUAAGUUCAGAUUUUGAAUACAAUAAUUUGUGAAAGAAAGUUUACUUAUAAAAAAGGGAAAAAUUGGUUGAUAUAAAAGUUACAAAGAGUAAAAGGCACCUAUUCAAAGAAAUGCCCCAUAUAUUUACUUGUUUGGCCUGAAAAAUCUGGUUUGCUCCAAAUUCAGCUCCCACAAAAUAUACAGUCAUAUGCCAUUCAUUGUCAUUCAUGUCAUUAUUGAAUCUCCCUUUGGGGAUUAAUAAAGUUCUUCUUAUCUUAUAUUUAGUCUAUAACUUUGAUUUCUUUUCAUUGAAUUGGAAUUUUUAAACCCUGCUUUGCUGUUUGGAGUACAGAGAAAUGUGUUAUAUUACAAGUGUGCAUAUCAUUACAGGAAAGAGUUUCACCAUUUCCAUCAAUGUGCUGACCUCGCCUCCUCAGAUCGCCACCUUACAUCGAGCCAUCAAGGUGACUGUGGAUGGACAGCGGCUGCCACGACGUCAGUACACAGCAGUGUAAAUCAUGCUGUUUGUCAGAGUUACAUUUGUCUUAAUUCUCUUACUCUGUCUGUCUCUCAGGACAGAGGCAGAAGGAGGUGAAGUCGGUAGUGUACAGGUCAUCCAGCAGCAGCAGCGCUCCAUCAUCAGGUACUAAUCCUUGUUGUAUGUUGGUAAUAGUUGGAGAUAUUAAUGAGACAAAUGUAUGGUUUGUAUGUGAAGUGUCUGCAAGAGUGUGUUUCAGUUAUUGUGACGUACUGCGGAGGUGUGAUUUCUUCACAGAUUCAUAACAUACUAGAACAAAACUACAUUUAUCCCUCAAAAGUAACACUUCACUUUGUAAUACGAGAGCUACCACUUAAUUUGAUUGGCUUGUCUAACCAAUAACCUGACCACCACUCGUUAAAUAGCCUUCUUCCAACUAAACCAGAGGGUUUAAUUGUUAAAAAUUGUUUGAUGAGUGCUGCCAAGAACAUUCAUGCUGGAUUAUAAAAAAAGUUUUAAAUGUUGUUUCCUCUAAGACUGUAGAUCCUUUUCCACCUCUCUCUGGACCAGUGAACCGACUUUCCUGGGUCAGGUCACAUCUCGGGCAUCUUCAUUCACUCCAAAUCCCAGAAUGCACCACCUGUCCCCCCUCCCCUAUUCUACCCAGCCCACUCCAUACAGCUCCUACCUGUCCUCUUCCCAUCAUCCUCCUCCUCCUCCCCAGCCUCCACUGGGCCACAAUGGUCCAUUCCAAUCAGGCAGCAGCUUCUACUACGGACCAAACCAACAGCACCAAACCACAGGGGAGGACCGCAGCAUUGUCACAGCACUGUCUAAUUAUAUUGAAGGGGCGUGUCUAUCCAUGAGAGGGGAGGAGCCUGUGUGGAGGCCUUAUUAA